AUGGCCCCGGGCCCACCGAAGGCGCUGAAGUCGCUCCAUGCGGCCAUCGACCUGGUCUGGAAGGAUCCGGCUCGCAAGGAUUAUGCGCUGAAGGCAGUCGCAGUGCAUGGGCGUGCGUUGCAGUUCCUGUCUACGGAGCUGAGGGCAGACAAGGAGGUCGUUCUGAAGGCGCUGAAAAGCGAUGGCUGGGCUAUUCAGUGGGCUUCCGAGGAGCUCCGAAGAGACAAGGAUGUCAUUUUCAAGGCCCUGAAGAAGGAGGUGCGCUCCUUGCAGUUUGUGGCGGAGGAGCUGCUGACAGACCGAGACUUCUGCCUCGAGGCCAUCUCUAAAAACGGGUUGGCCUACGAGUUCGCGGAUCCGGAGGUCAAAGCAGACCGUGAGGUCGCUCGAGCUGCUGUGUGUCAGGAUGGUCUUGCGCUGGAGUUUGUUCCGGAGCAGUUCCAAUCGGACCCUGAACUAGUUCUGAAGGCGGUGCAGAACUGCGGCCUGGCUCUUCGCUUCGCCUCGCCGGAGCUUCGCGGCAACAAGGGCCUCGUCCUUACUGCCGCGAAGCAGGAUAGCUCGGCCUUCAAGUUUGCCUCACAGGAACUCCAGCAGAACCGUGACGUCUGGCUGCAGGUCUGCCCGAGCCGCUUGGGUCAUUGGCAGAACCGCAAUGAGGUUUUGCAGGAGGUGGAGAAGGAGGGCUUGCUGCUCCAGCUGGCCAACCAGCGCUUGGUCAGCCAGCCAGAGGUGAUGUUCAAGGCGGCUGUCAAGGAUCACCAUACGCUGCAACACGCCAGCCCUGAGAUCUGCGCAGAUGUGGAUUUUGUGCUGCGGUUGAUCAAAGAGGAUGUGCGUGCCCUGACGUACGCGUCAGAUGAGAUUCGCGCCGACCGUGAGGUCGCACUCAAGGCAACAGCUAUUGACGGCAGCUCGCUGCAAUUCUUCACGCAGGAGCUCUGUGAGGACAGGGAAGUGGUCCUCACAGCCGUGCGGCACACGGGUACUGCCCUGGCCUUCGCGGCCCCGGAGCUGCGGGCCGACCGAGAGGUUGUCCUUGCCGCAAUGGCCCAGAGCCGCUCUGCGCUGCUCUUUGCGGCGGAGGAGCUACGGCGGGACAAGGCGAUGUGGCUCUACAACGGUGAGGAGCCGCCGGUCUUCGACCCGCCGCCCGAGGAGGAGCAAGAGGCCGCCGAGGCCCAGGCCGAGGCCCAGGCGGAGGCCGAGGCGGGCGAUGCCCCGGAGCGCCGGGCCGAAGAGAUUUGCCCAAAGCACGGCACAGCAAUGGCGUAUGGGCUCCGGAAGAUCACUGGAACCACCUACUGGCCUUAUGGCACAGGGCGGGACUGGUUCUUCGUUGGGGACCUGGAUUACAUGCAUGGUCGACGUACACCGAAGGUAGAAGUUCGGGAGCGGUUUGAGAAGCUUACGCCUCCAUUGAGGAAAAAGCGAGGCCACCCGCAGGAUAUGGUUUUCAGCCAAGCGUCUAUCCGCAGCAUGACGAGCACCGUGGGUGUGUCCUCGGUUCCAGGCGUCUUCAGUGGCAAGUCACAGCAGCCCCGGCUGUCCAUACGGACAUUGGAGCGCUGGAGGAGCCUGAAUGAAGCCACCUUUGGAGAUAUGCCGGGAGGAGGAGAGCUGGAAAGAUGGAGGCGCCAAUCUGUCUGGGCUCGUGAGCGGUGUUUUUUUUUCCAUAUUGGUCUGAUCGAGCGGCUUAUUGCAUGGUCCAAUGGUGUGUGCCCCAACGUGGUUCUGGUUGUUGUUAGUUAUUGUUUGUAG